AUGGCGCCCACCAACCUCAGCGGCAAGGCCAAGGCCACAAAACCCGGCUCCAAGCCUUCACACACUCCCCGCAGCCGCAACACCACUCCGCUGCCCAAUGUGCGCGCCUCGGUCGAGCCCUCGUCGGCCUCGUCGCUCUUUGGCGGCCGCCUCACCUCGUACCUGAAAAAGUGCCCCGUCACCGUCGAAGAGAUUCUCGAGACGGCCGGCAAUGGCGCCCACAUUCCCUCGGGCAAGCAGCUGCUGACCAUGCGCGACAACAUCGAGAAGACGGUGCUCAAAAAUGUAGAGUCGCGCUGCGUCCAGUCAGAAGGCGCCCUGAGGGAGCUCAUGAGCCUCAAGAAGAGCCGCGCCCCGCGUGACCGAGAAAAGGAUAAGGCAGCCGACGACCGCGAUCGCAAGCACAAGCUCAAAAAGCUCAACUCCAAGCACGACGACAAUGGAAAACACCCCCCCGCAGUCGGCGCCCACGGCCUCACCAGGCAGGACGGAGCAAUAUCCUCUCCCGUCUCACAAGCACCACCCUCGGCUGCUGGCACAGGCCCACCAGACGCCCCUUCACCCAGCGCCUCUGACGUCUCCCACCAACCCGCCCCCGCCCCUGCCGUACCACAGUUCCAGACCUUUGGGCCCGACCCCGCCAAGUUCGAUGACCCUACCAUAUAUCAUAUCCGAGAGGUGACUCCGGGCAUGUCGAUAGAAGAGAAGAAGGAAAUCUACUGCGUUGCUCAAUUUCCCGUCACCGACCUGCGCGACAAGAUUGCCGGCUCGCCCCCAGACAAGGACUUUUCCAAUGCGAAGCCGCCAUCACAGGUCAACGCCACGGUAUUUGCCAAUUACGUCGAGCCCUACAUCAGGCCCCUGACAGAAGAAGAUGUUGCUUUCCUAAAGGAACGAGGGGACCGGGUAGCGCCCUUUGUGUUGCCCAGACGUGGGCCGCGACAUUACAAGGAGAUUUGGGCCGAAGAAGACGGAUCCAUGCACAUUGACUCGAAUGACCAGCGGCCACCUCCCAACGUCCCGCGUGCUUCAGCUGAAGACAUAUCAGACGACGUGCUGGAAACAGACCAGGUCUCAGCCGGCCCUCUACUGUCCCGUCUGCUGGCCACAUUACGACCGGAAGGACGGGGCAGCCAGAACAGCCAGAACGAGACAAACGGCAUUGGCGGAGAUGCCAUGGACAUUGACGAGGGCGCAGGCGCACCGCCAGACAUGAGCAACACCAACUCUAUUGCUGCUGCAACCCAACUCCCGGAUCUCGUUCAGCCUGGAUGGAAACCCCCAGUCCAAGGUGCACGCACCGACUUUGUGGGCAUGGAGGAUCGUAUACUCAUGGAACUCAAGCAUUAUGGCUUCAUUUCUGAAACAGACGCCGAAGCUCAGUCAUACGAUUCUCAUUUUGACGAUGAAGUCGCGCAGCGACUGCGCUUUCUGCAGGAAGAGCUCCGCAAACAAUCCAUCAUCAAUGGCGCGCGAAAACAGCGACUCCUAGAGCUCACAGAAGAGCGCAUCGCCCAACAGGAGUACAACACCAUAGCCGACGACCUGGACAACCAGUUGAAUGCAGCAUAUCUUAAGCGCAAUCGCAAUCUUGGCAAAGGCAAGAAACAAAACAAGCGCCCGGGCGGUGCAGGUGGUGGCAGCCAUCCUGUCGCCAACGCUGGCAUCUCGAGGCCAGGCGUUGGUGAGCCAAUCCGAACGCUCAUGGAGAGGAGAACACAAUGGCUCAACACCAUCGGGCCCGUAGUCAACUACGGCAAAACUGGUCUACCUACCGAAACCAUUUUUGGCGAGGACAAGAUGAAGGAACUGGAGAAUAGAGAGGUGGAGAUUUGGAACACCGAGGCAGAAGAGUAGCUGUUGAUACUCUACCAGGCAUUUUAUCGGCGGGUCUGCCCUGGCGUUCAUCUGUUGUUCUAGGCCGCACUGCAGAUUCAGCUCUUGUAUGUAUACGAGCAUUUGGCUUAACACGAGGCGUUUGCUGGCAGGUUAAUGUUACCAUAAGAUCCAU